ACAUGUAAAAGUGUUUUAACUUAUCAUUUAAACAAGAAAAUCUAAUCAAGAAGACGCCAUGACUUCAUCUACCACGAGUCAUGAUAGGAAGAUGCGGUAUAGGGUCAUACUUCAAGAUUUAAGCUUGGAGCAAGAGAAUGAUAACAAUGAUCAAAGAAUGCAAAAGACGACGGAGGCUGUUCACGAGGUGAAGAAACUGCUACAGCAAGGUGGCGUUGAGGAGAGGGUGCGGCAUCCAGGUGAGAGCUAUCUCGACUCUCGUGUUCUCAGAGCGGCCAGUGACCUCGCUAUAAGUUGUUCUGAAGCCGUCACGGGACUGGAGAAUAAAUAUGACAAACAUGAACUGGCGCAGCAUAUUCGGGAAAACCCCACAUUCUGGUCGUUUUCCCUCCCCCGCGAAGUGUCCACCUCUAUAUCACUACACGGCACGUUCGCACCAACGCCGCCCGAGCACAGGCCGAAGGAGCGGCAACGUCGCGUCGCGCAGAAGAAUGCGCAGUUGAGCGCUCCGGAGAGUGUUGAUCGAUUAGAAAAAACCGACGAAGGCUCAGAGAUGGUGAGCAGAGUGCACCGUUUCAUUAACAAGGCGUGUAGGAACGGAGCCAAGAGUUACUACCAUUUAGUGUUGGACCCCACGAGUUUCACAAAGACCAUAGAGAAUAUAUACUACAUGUCGUUUUUGGUGCGAGACGGGUUUAUCAGUGUCUAUGAACACCCAGAACACGGGCUGCCGUUCGUAGAACCGGUGCCUCAAACGGUGCAAAAUGAAGACAGUUCUGACGAGAACCAAUUUAUUGUUUCUAUGAACAUGGAAAGAUGGCGGGAUCUGAUUGAAGCAUUUGGAAUAACGCAGCCAAUGAUGGUUUUGAAGAGAUUAUAAUAGUUAUUAACUGCGUCCCGCGGUUUCACCCGUAUUGCUCCGCUCCUGUUGGUCUUAGCGUGAUGAUAUAUAGCCUUCCUCGAUAAAUGGGCUAUCUAACACCGAAAUAAUUUUUCAAAUCGGACCAGUAGUUCCUAAAAUUAGUGCGUUCAAACAAACAAACUCUUCAGCGUUAAAAUGUGAAUAUAUAAAAUUAAGAUUGACACUGAUUUGUGAUAUUUUCCCCAAGGGAAGCUAUUUAGUGACUAAAAUAAUACCUACCUCGUUAAUUUUAAAGAUUUGUAUGGAAUUUAGAUGGUCUCACCACAAAACAAUUUAAACACAGUCUAACUUUAAACCAGGGAUCUGUCACUUUAAUAGUUGUCUAUGUGAAAUACGACAAAACCGGAUUAUAGAGAACCCGCGCUUAAAGUUAAACCCUGUCUAAAGUUUUUUGUGGUAAGACAGUUACAGAACUCCAAAAGUGAUAAUGCGCAUAGAAAUUUUCGUCAAAGUUCGGCAACUGUCAUAUUCCCGGAGCGUCCGAAGACGACAUGUAUAAAGAGUGUAAUCGUUAAGUGUGCACAGGUGAUUUUUCCGUAACUAUUGCAGAUAACAAAAAAAAUUAAACUGAUAUUGAUGUCGAAAGUACUUAACAUAAUGAGUAAAA